AAUGACAUUCGGCUGUUCACUACAAACUUUAUAUCUUUCUUAUGUUUUGGUUAUAAGUCAUUUGCAGCGCUUUUACGUUUCUUUUUAAAUUACGCUCCCUGCCGGGUGCAUCGCCUAGCGAUAAAUGUGAUAUAUGGUUACCGUUUAUUAUGAUUCGAAUCAUUCGAUCAAUGACAGACGUCUAUUGCAAAAAAAUAAUUAUGUAAGAAUUUAUUUGCUGAAUCUCUUGCUGUUUCAAAAUCACACCGCGCGCGUACGUCCAGAGUUUUGCUGUUGAGAAAAUUUGUCUUUUUAGACACAUUUAUUAAACUAUUAGCGAAGAUUAACGAAAUGUUGUUGGAAGGUUUAUUUGUCUUCGGUCGAGAAGACGCAAUUCCAUUGAAGAGUCUUUCCGUACGAGCGUUUCUUCAAGGUUAUGUUGUUGGCUUUCGUUCAACGUUGACCUACGAAAACAAUACAUCAAUCCCGCUCGAAGUUUUCUUCCGUACGCCUGUCGAUGACUCGUAUGCUGUUGUCGGUUUGGAAGCUACUAUCGAUGGUAGAAAGAUCCAAGCUAAAGUACAAAAGAAAAAAAAAGCGAAGGAAAUGUACAAGGAAGCAAUAUCACAAGGAAAGACAGCUGUGUUAGGAGAAGAAAAGAAAGGUGAUAUAUUUAGUUUGGUGCUGGGAAACCUUCCCCCAGGUGAGAAUGCUGUGUUGCAACUAACCAUGGUGGGUGAGCUUGCUGUUGAACCUGAUGGUGCUGUGAGGUUUGUUCUGCCAACAGUUCUGAAACCACGGUACACACCCCUUGGAAGCACAGACCCCCUUGCACCAGAAACGUCUACUUCAGGAAGUGCCACAGUACACCAUGCAACAGGACCACCAGUAUAUGAAUUUGAGAUGGUGAUAAAUGGUGCGCCUAGCAUUGCCGAGGUAACAUCUCCAUCCCAUGAGAUCCAUGUUGAGAAUACUGGUCAGAAUAUUAAUGUUUCUUUGGCUGAAGAAAAACAGGCUGAUAUUGUGAUAUUGAUUCGAUCAAAAGAAGUACACAAACCUUUGGUAAUUGUUGAACCUGGUAUGUCAAAUGGUGAGAAUGAUUUCCAGAAAAGCACAGCAGUUAUGGUCAGUUUCUUCCCCGAAUUCAAAGGUGACAGUUCUUGCCUCCAAGCUGCUUGUGAGUUUGUGUUUGUGGUUGAUCGUAGUGGAAGCAUGGAAGGGUCCUAUAUCAGAGAUGCUGCACAAACCCUCUUGCUUUUCCUAAAGAGUAUCCCUGAAGGCUGUUAUUUCAAUGUGAUUGGUUUUGGAAGUCGAUAUGAGAAGCUAUUUCCUGAGAGCGUUCCUUAUGACCAGAAAAAUCUGGAAAAAGCAGUGCAACAUGCAGAAAACCUUCAAGCAGACCUUGGUGGUACGGAGUUGUUUGACCCUCUAAAAUAUAUUUACAGCCAUGACCCAAUGAAAGGCUUACCUAGACAAGUUUUUGUUCUCACUGAUGGAAGUAUCAGUAAUACAGAAUCAGUAAUCAAGCUUGUUGCAAAGAAUUCAACAAACUCAAGAUGUUUCUCUUUUGGUAUUGGCUCUGGAGCAUCAAGCACGCUUGUGAAGGGAAUUGCAGAAGCAGGAAAAGGUGCUGCAGAAUUCAUCACUUCAGGAGAGAGAAUGCAAGCCAAGGUAAUCAGAUUUUUAAAGAAAGCCAUGCAACCAGCAGUUACCAACACCCAAGUCUCAUACACUACUCCUGCUGGUGUGACAGUUACUUCUGUACCAAAAGGGUCUCUUCCAGCAAUUUUUAUUGGAGAACGUUUGAUAGUUUAUGCCAUCCUUCAUCACAGUUCACCUUCUUCUGAAACACAAGAAGGAACGGUUUGCCUGACUGGUGAUUUACUCGGGGCAAAGGUUGAACACAACAUGAGAUUUCAAGUUCCACUGGCGGUGACGAAAGACAACGUGUCCCAAGUGUCAACCAUUCAUCAUCUUGCUGCCAAAAGGUCCAUCAAGGAAAUGGAAUCGAGCAAUGACAGCAGUCCAGAAAUAAUCCAGCUCAGUUGUGAUUCAAAUGUGAUAUCUUCCCGAACAGCAUUUAUCGCCAUUGAUGAAGAAAGAAAGGAGGCGGUGAAAGUAAGCCUGCAAUUAACCUGGGAUAUGCUGAGUUUUCUGCCUGAUGAAGAUGCGGAUUGUUUGUACGGACACCCCGGCGUGAGUUCCCUGGAUUAUGGAAAUGAGUUUGGUUGCCACGAAGACCCCGAAAUGUGUUCCCGGCCUCAUGAAGAUGUGUCUGGUUGCUACGAUGUCCCCAAAUUGAGCUACCUGCCUAGUGAAGAUGUGUAUGGUUGCAACGACUACGAUGACUCCGGCGUGAGUGUUACGCCUGAUAAUUAUAUAGAUAUUUUUGAUAACUACGAAGUCCCCGACAUGAGUUCCCGGCCUCAUGAAGAUGUGUCUGGUUGCUACGAUGUUCCCGGCGUCAGUGUUGUGGAUGAUGGAGAAGAUUAUUGUUGUCACAGAGACUCCGACGUGAGUUUUUUGCCUGAUGAAGAUGCGGAUAUAGGAAGAGAUUCUUCCUCCCCAACCUACGACGCGAAUUUUGGGGCUAAAUCCGCUCCCCCCAGGCCCAAGGCUCGAGCGAAGUCUGGCUUGAAAACAAAGUUUUUGGGGCUUUUUAAGCGUAAGGAACAUACCUUUAAGAAACCAGUUGAUAGUGCUCCUUGUCGGCCAGCUGAUGAUAGUAAAUAUUCCCCUCCUACCCGUUCUCGUUCCUCUCAUUCCCCUCCUCGUUCUUCACAGUCAACUGCAACAGAGACUCCACUGGCAACGAUCAUCAGCCUUCAGCUCGCCAGUGGUGCGUGGAAAAUGUCAACAUCCCUGAGCGAUGUUAUCUCUAAAACCACAGAAGAGAUAAAAGAUGCGUGUCCAGUGUCUUGUGAAGGUGAUAUGGAGUCAAUCUGGGCGACAAUUAUUGCCUUGACGUAUCUGCAACUUCGCCAGUUAAAUUUCAAAGAUGAAUGGGAGUUGAUUGCCCUCAAGGCUGAAACAUGGCUGACAAAACAAAGUCUUCCUCAAGGAUCUUCCAUACAAGAUUUACGAGAAAAAGCUGAAGCAUUUCUAACUUAAAUUACAAAAUUACAAUAAAGAAUGCUUAUAAAUAAUCUGACGAACACGUAUGAACCACUCAAGAUAGCGUAGCAUGAAAAAUGAUUGAACAAAUCGAAAUAGCGUAGUGUGAAAAAUGAAUAAUUUUGUAAUGUAAUUACAAUUUUUGAUAGUAGCAUGUACCCAAUAUCGUAAAACGUCGACUAAGAAAGUGUUUAAGAAGUUAUAUCACCAAUAUUUAGCGAAAUAUAUCAUUUUUUUAUGUUGCACAAACUCGUACUUCUUAAUCCAAACAAACAACUGUAUUGAUAAAGAUAAAGAGGUUACAGUAACAAUUGUUACAGUAACAAUUGUUUUGGUUAUACAGACACUUCAAAAUUAAAAAAGUGGCAAAUUUUUCCCCAAAGCAGCUAGAUAUUUUGCUAAAAGGACGAGGUCUUAGAUGACUUCACCAUUCAAAAA